CGUAACAUACUUGGAUUAGCUUAAAACCAAGGAACAAACCCUAUUGUUUCCUGAUCGUACGCACGGCAGAGCACCCCCCCCCCCCCCUCUUCGAGAUAACACUUUGUUCGGCAGAUUCUUGGUUAGAUUGGAGUAAUCUAUUCUAUUUGUCUAAAUAGCAUUCUUCUAUAAAUGGGGAAAAAGAAGGUUCAACCUCAGGCUGUUUUAGAGGAAAAGCCAGUAGAAGAAGAAUUAAAGGGUAAAGUGAAGGUUCCAAAGCAUGUUAGAGUGAUACAAGAAAGACUUGCAAGGCUUAGAGAAGCACAAGAGAAGAAGGAAAGGGAAGAAGAAGAGAGGUUAAGGAAGGAAGAAGAGGAACGUUUACGUAAAGAAGAAGAGGAAAGACAAGCAGAAGAAACAAAGCGUUUGAAAAAAGAAAGACAAAAAGAAAAAAUGUUGAAACUGAAACAACAAGGAAAGCUUUUGACAGCAAAACAGAAAGCAGAAGCCCAACGAUUGGAGAUUAUGAGGAAUCAGUUUCUUGCUAAAACGGGUGGGUUCACUGUAGAGACACCCACCAAACGACCCGAGUAUACAACAAAGAAAUCGAAGCCACAAGAGCAGCAGGCGAACGGGAAAGCUUUUACUUCUGUCCAGGAUGACAAUGUCUCUGAGUUGGGUUCUGUAGAUGUGGAGUUGGAAAACACAAGUGAGGUUUCUACAGUUGAACAAGACAGUGGGAACAAAGAAGAAGACGAGUCCAAUGAGGAAUGGGAUGCAAAGAGUUGGGAUGACGCCGAUCUCAAUUUGCCAGGUGUCAGCGCAUUUGCUGAGGAGGAGGAGGAAGAGGAAGCUACAGAACUCGCACCAGUUGUACCGGUAGUUAAAAAAGCUGUUAAUGGUAAAAUGGAAGAUAAGAAAGAAGAAGGCGAAAAGACACUUCGGUCCCCAAUUUGCUGCAUCAUGGGUCAUGUUGAUUCUGGAAAAACCAAGUUGCUUGAUUGUAUUAGGAGGACUAAAGUUCAAAACGGUGAGGCUGGUGGAAUCACUCAACAAAUUGGAGCCACUUAUAUCCCUGCUGACAACAUUCGUGAGAGAGCAAAAGAGUUAAAAGCUGACGCAAAACUUAACGUCCCUGGUUUAUUGGUUAUUGAUACACCCGGGCAUGAGUCUUUCAAGAAUUUAAGGUCUCGGGGUUCCGGUUUAUGUGAUAUCGCUAUUUUGGUUGUUGACAUUAUGCAUGGCUUAGAACCGCAAACCAUUGAAUCACUAAAUCUGUUGAGAGUGAGGAACACUGAGUUUAUUGUGGCCCUGAAUAAGGUUGACAGAUUAUACGGGUGGAAAACUUGCCGAAAUGCGCCAAUUGGGAAGGCAAUGAAGCAGCAAUCCCGCGAUGUCCGACUUGAAUUUGACCAUAGGCUCACUCAGAUAAUUACACAAUUUAAGGAGCAAGGAUUGAAUACUGAAUUGUACAGCAAGAACAAAGAAAGGGGGGAAACUUAUAGUAUUGUGCCUACCAGUGCUAUCAGUGGUGAAGGCAUACCAGAAAUGUUAUUACUGCUUGUCCAGUGGGCUCAGAAGACAAUGAUUGAUAAACUAACAUACAACAACAAAGUUCAGUGUACGGUAUUGGAGGUUAAGGUCAUAGAAGGUCUUGGAACAACCAUUGAUGUGGUAUUGGUUAAUGGUGUGCUUCAUGAAGGAGAUGAGAUUGUUGUUUGUGGCUUUCAGGGACCAAUUCAUUCUAGAAUACGCUCAUUACUGACUCCCCAUCCAAUGAAAGAACUCCGAGUAAAGGGAGCCUACAUACAUCACAAAGAAAUCAAAGCUGCACAAGGGAUCAAAAUUAUUGCACAGAAUCUUGAGCACGCAGUGGCGGGGACCGCCCUAUAUACGGUGGAGCUUGAUGAUGAUGUGGAAGAGAUCAAAAAAUCAGUGAUGGACGAUAUGAUCAGGAAUGUAAUGAGUAGAAUUGAUACAAGUGGUGAAGGAGUUUAUGUUCAAGCAUCUACUCUUGGAUCAUUAGAAGCGUUACUGGACUUUCUAAAAACUCCAGCUGUCAACAUACCUGUUAGUGGUAUAGGCAUAGGUCCUGUGCAUAAAAAGGAUGUUAUGAAAGCUAGUGUGAUGCUAGAAAAGAAGAAAGAGUUUGCGGCAAUAUUAGCUUUUGAUGUAAAAGUGACACCAGAGGCCCAGGAGCAUGCGGAUAAUAUUGGUGUCAAGAUUUAUAUAGCUGAUAUUAUUUACCACUUGUUCGACCAAUUUAAGGCGGAUAUUGAUCAUCUUAAGGAAGAAAAGAAGAGAGAAGCUGUUGAAGAUGCUGUGUUUCCAUGUAUUCUCCGAAUCACGCCAAAAGUGUUCAACAAGAGGGAUCCAAUUAUUUUUGGUGUGGAUGUUAUUGAGGGCAUUCUCAAGAUUGGAACUCCAAUUUGCAUUCCCAAGAGGCAUUUUGUUGAUAUCGGGCGUAUCUCUUCCAUUGAGAAAAACAAUACGCCUCUUGAAUAUGCCAAGAAAGGACAGACGGUGGCUAUCAAGAUAACUGGAACCAAUUCCGAGGAGAAGCAAAAAAUGUUCGGGAGACAUUUCAAGAUGAAAGACGAGCUUUACAGCCGCAUCUCAAGAAGCUCGAUCAAUGUACUAAAGGCCAAUUAUUGGGAUGAGUUGACCAACGAUGAUUGGAAUUUGGUGGCCAGACUGAAACAUCUCUUUAAGAUUCCAUGAUUUUACUGGUCUUGGUCUGUUUUUUCAUGCUUUCCCUUUUCCAGCAAGGCUUGGUGGCGGUGGGGUUUAACGUAACGGUUCAAUUAAGAUUAACACUAACUACAUAGUAACGUGCACAUUGGUUUUGUAAAAAAAUAGAAUCAGGUUUGCAAGAUUUGGUCUCUCGAUUUCGUGUUGGUUUGACCUUAAGAAGUAACAUCUGACUUGACCCAAAUGAAUCUUAUUUUUGCUAGGGAAACCAUUUUUUUGUUUUUGUUUAUUUUAAUGUU